AUGGCGCUUGUCAGCCACGGGUUCAAAAGCAAGACGGAUAGGACAAGACCUGUAGACGAGGCAGAUGUUAGGGCGACCUUUGACAGCAUUACCCCACAAGAAGCCGCGGAGCCUACAAACUCUGCUCUUUUCUACCCUGCAGACCGCGGAAGUAUAGUCUUCCCAGAGGAGCCCGCUGUCGCCAUAGUUGCGCGGAAGUACGGAUGCAGCCUCAUUGUCAUUUGCCCUUUCAUGCGCGCAGACAAGAUGGGCUAUAACCAUUUCUACAAUAUCAAGAACCGGCCACCUAUGUACGCCCGAUGGUCGACAGGGCAGCAAGCGCAGGCAAUGCCGCUCGUGUUGGGUUGUCUACCCAUGCACAAGUUCAACACGAGUCCGUCUUACGAGGCCAUGUGGUUCUACAUUGAAGCAAACAGCAUCGACCCUCCGGAUUGGUAUAAUGGCUUCUACACCCAGUUCAAUCUCGGUAGUCUGGCGGACAAUCUCGGCUUUCCUUUCGCCGAACUCUCACCCCAAACCUUCCUGUGGACACUAGUCUACCUUCAUCGUCAACGUAUGACCGGGCUGGCGGUUCCUGAUGAUCAUCUGGGAUGCUGGAUCUACCAUUUCGGUUGGCAUCUCAGCGUUGAGGGCAAACGAGUGAACAAGUACUCUGAUUUGUUGCCAUUCAACUACGACAACGCGUGGCUCUCGGACUAUCAGAGGAAGCAUCCAAACGCGAAGCUGACUUUCGACCGCCUUACACAACUGACUCUCAACCCGAACAUGAACGCUAACGGUAUAUCAAUCGGACAAUAUGCAAGGCUGUGGGAUGAGGCAUUCAGUGCAAGGAUUCAGUAUCAGCAGGACCAAACGCAGGCGAAGUGGGUAGUCUUCAAGACCAAGAUGGAAGCUGCGACCGAGCUGCCACAUCUCUGGAAUUCCUAG